AUGUUCCACUUGCGACGACAGGCGGUGCGCUCGCUGCGCCAGCGCCAGCUCGCCCAGCGGUAUGCGUCUACCGGACCGCGUUCCGCCGGAUCCGGAUCCGGAUCCUCCGCGGGCCGCGUCGUACCCGCCGUCCUCGGUGUCGCGGCUGUCGGUCUCGCAGCGUACGCUCUGGGACGAAGGGAGCAGGCCAACAUUGACGCCAAGCCUGCCGCUGCUCCUACCACGGUCGCCGCAGCUACUGUCGCUUCGGGUAGCGUCAACCCUGCCUUUGACCCGAAUCCGAAACUGCGACACCGAUUCGGCUCGCCUGAGGAUUACGCCGCGGCAGUGGACGACCUGAAGGGGCUCUUUGACGAUGACCACAUCACGACGGACGAGGAGGACCUCGCGCACCACGGUGGCUCGGCGUGGACGUAUGGCAUUGCGCUGCCCCCAAGUGCAGUUGUUUACCCCGAGACAACUGAGGAUGUGGUCAAGAUCAUGAAGGUUGCGACUAAGUAUCGCGUGCCCGUUGUACCGUAUGGCAGCGGAACGGGACUGGAGGGCCAGUUCAGUGCGCCCUACGGAGGCAUCUGCGUGAACAUGACGAAGAUGAACCGCAUCCUUGCGCUGCACCCGCAAGACGGCGACGCGGUCGUGCAGGCUGGACUGGGUUACGAGACGCUGAACGCCGAGCUGGCCGAGAAGGGGAUCCCCCUCUUCCUGCCGCUCGACCCGGGUCCAGAUGCGACCAUCGGUGGCAUGAUCGGGACGGGAUGCUCUGGCACCAACUCUGUGCGAUACGGUACGGCGCGCGGCGAGUGGUUCCUCAACGUGACUGCUGUUCUGCCGGAUGGGACGGUGCUGAAGACGAGGCAGCGGAGCCGCAAGUCCUCCGCUGGACCGGACAUGACCAAGCUCUUCGUCGGCGCCGAGGGCACGCUUGGCAUCAUCACGGAGGUCACUGUGCGCCUCGCGCCCUUACUGCCUACGCGUGUCGGUGUCGUGUCGUUCCCAAGCGUGAGGGCUGCCGUCGACGCUGUGGUCGAUAUCCUCAAUGACGGAGUGCAGGUGCAGUGUGUUGAACUGCUUGACGCGCUCAGUGUUGCUGCUCUCAACCACUCGGGCAUCAUGCCGAACAACCUGCCGGAGAAGGAUUCGAUCUUCUUCAAGUUCCAAGGGAACCCAACCGUCCUCGAGAACAGCGCGCAGACUGUCCAGGAUCUGGCUGGCCGGCAUGGAGGCGGCAACAUCCACUUCGCCGCGGACGAGAAGGAGAGCGCUGCUAUCUGGGCCGCGCGCAAGGGUGCCCUGUUCGCUGCCCUCGGACACUCAGGCUACGAGACGCCCAUGCUGUACGGCAACGACGUGUGUGUGCCUAUCUCGGCGCUGCCCGAGCUCGUCGCCGACUCCCAGGCAAAGUUCAAGGAGUUCGGCAUCUACGCGCCCAUCCUUGGUCACGUCGGAGACGGCAACUUCCACGCGACCAUCAUCAUGAGAGGUCUCGAUGAGGUGCCCAUGAUGAGCAAGGUGAUGAGCGGCAUCAUCAAGAAGGCCCAGGAGCUCGACGGAACAUGUACUGGCGAGCACGGCGUUGGUAUGACCAAAAAGAAGUACCUCCGCGACGAGCUCGGUGAUGGUACGCUCGACCUCAUGCUUCGCAUCAAGAACUCGGUCGACCCGCUCGGCAUCAUGAACCCCGGCAAGCUUUACCCGGACGAGCUCAUGUACGAGGAGGUCAAGUGGCCGCCGAAGGCAGGCUCCUGUUGUUAG